UUUAUCAUUGAAGACUAAGCGUCUACCAAAGGAAAUGCAACAAGGGGAAGGAGAAGAGCAGAAUUUUGACCUGCUAACUGGUUUGUAUCUGUUUACUAUAACCGAGUGAAUGCACCGAGUAGGUGACUUCAAAUUUGCUGUUUGGUCGGUCUGCAAAUUUAAUAGUUCCUUUAUUUAACCAUUCGACUAGCAUCUAAUUUCUCCUUACAAUAUCACCACUGCAUCGAACACUGAGGUCACGAGAAUACAAUAUAUGAUCCCCUACAGAAAUUUCCUAAGGUGCUGAUAAGGAGAAUUUGUCUAACAAUCAAGAGCUUCUCUAGAUGGAGAUCAUUUCCUCAAUUCUCGUGACUUAAAUGUGUGAUUCAGGGGUGAUAUUUUAGGGACAAACUAGAUGCUAGACACUCUAAGGGGUCAAAUAAUUCAUUUAUGUUCCUUGACAAAAUCAUCUGUUGAAGCUCAGCGUAUGAAAGAGUUUGUUAAAAUAGUUUCAGGUGGUGUCUUGUGUGAGUUUUUAGAAGUAGCAUUUCACCUCAUCUUAUAUGUGAGGGAAGUCUAUCCUGCUGUGGUAUUUGAGAGAAGAAAAAAGUAUAAUGUUCCUGUACAGGUAUGGUGUCAAAUUUUUGUCAAUUGUUAAGGUUAAGAAAAAUACCUCUUAUUGCAACUUAUCAUGGAAAGCUGUUUUUUAUCUGUAAAUCAGUUAUGAAGGGUUUGCAAUUACAUGUAUUGUUGAAAUCUGUAGCAAAUAUCAUGGCUCUUCUCUACUCAUGAGUUUGGGUUGGAGACCCACUUGGAGCUGGUGAUUAUUAAUAAAAAUUUGAUUUUGGAGGAUCAGAGAGGGCUACACAUCGAAUGGUUACUGGAUGAUUCUUGUCCUUAAAAUUGGCAGUUUUAUCCUUAACUUCCCAUGCAUUAUUUAGGUGUAAAUUCACAGAGAAAAUAUAUGUGGUCCCAGUAAAAUUUAUGAAAAUAACUUAAAUACCAGUAGUGAUAAAUGCAAGGUCUCUGUUUUCCAUUAACCCUGGAUUCUAUUUUUUUUUCCUUUGGCAUCUUCUUGAAUUUGAGUGUUCUUUCCCCAGAUGUGUUGUCACCCAGAUCUGAACCAGUAUAUCUUAGACGUGCUUCAUACCAUGAAGCCCUUAUUGGAGGAGGUGUGUAUUUAAAUCAUAGCUGCUAGAUGAUUAUAAUUUUGUUCUCCAGUUUAAUGACUCUUUUGUUUUUCUUGAACUCUUUUGAAUCUUGGAUCACUAAUACUCAAAUUGGUAAAUAAAGUUGUAGGCAUUUUAAAACAUUUUUGCAUCACAAGCAAAGAUUUUAAAAAGCUUCUACCAAUUCUUUUGUUGUUGUUUUAUUGUGCCAGGUUUCUUUAACCCCUAACCCAUAAGAGUCACUAACUUCUUAUUUCUUCUGACAAUAUCUCCUCUGAAUCACACAUAACGAUUACAAGAAUGAUACGAAACAAGAAUAAAGGAAAUGAUCACCAACUUGGGUGUAAAACGUUAAAAUUCAACUUAAGAUAGCUUCCAUGUAUUUUAUUCAGCCCAACUCUCUAAAAAAUUUUAAGAAAAAAAUAGUUUCUGCAUUGCAGAGUAGUGAUAGAACACAGAUGAUGUAAAGAUAUAGAAAGGACUAAAAAGAGGCACUGGAUGUGCAACCAAGUGUGUUACUGACUAUUUGUUUUAUAUCUAAUGAUAAAAAAGCAAAGUGUUGUCAAUGGUGAUGCCAUCUUGUAAUGUGUCUGUCCUCUAAUAGAUCAUAAGUAAGAACCAGUCAAAAAUUCCAAUAAAAUCCAACUUAUCAUAAUGCCUGUUAGAGUCGAUCACAAUCCAUAGUUUGUUACAAACUAUGACAUUUCCACUUGCAACAAACGUUUACUUUUAGGGCCUGUUUACAUGGAGGUGAGGGACCUUGGGUAGGUGAGGUAUCCUACCCAGGUUGGGUAAAACCGCCUGUCCAUCAAUCUCUUAUCUUGAUCAUGUUUACAUGGUAGGUGGGGUAACCUGCAUAGGUGGGUAGUAAGGUGGGUAGCCUGGUCUGGCGGGUAGGGUAACCCUGUCAGCUGGGGUCAUUAUUUACUAGGUAAUUGUCUCCAGGUGGGGUAUCGUGCCUACCUGCAUUCGCAUUCAUGUUGCUUUGGUAAGUAAACCAACAACCUCACCCCAGGAUCUUGGAAUGUAAGAUGAUAUGUUAGUGGGGGCUAUUUUUUUACCAUGGCUAAGCAGAUAACCUCACCUACCUGGGGUCCCCCACCUUCAUGUAAUCAGGGCCUUAGGCUUAGGUUACUUUUUAGCUCCUUUACUACUGUAGAUUUUUUAGUGUUCUUCCUAGUUAUGCCUGUGGCAUUAUAUCUUUACUAGGGCAAAGUUCAGAGUGUUGCCUUGGUUAUUUCAGACAAAGUAAGUUACUUUUGCUUGUAAAAACACCAGUAUAUAGUGCAUAACUUAUAACUUACAUGCUGAAGGUGUUGAAUGAGGAAACAACACCUCACAUGGAUGUUUGGUCUUUUUGAAUGUGUUAAGAUCAUUUUUAUGUUAAGUACACAUAAACAACAUGUAGUGGGUCUCUUUUAUGAGCAUUUACCUUUAAGGUGAGCAUUUUCCAAAGAUCAAUUUAUAUCAAAUUGUUAGGAAAAUGAUAAAGACAUUGGAAACAAAAUGAUGACAAGUAGUAACCUAAAUACCCACUGUUUUUGAAGGAUACACGCUGUUUCCUGUUUCCUGUUUCCUGUCGUUUGGUGUUAACCUUGUAAUGUUAUACAUGGGAUGCCAGGUCACUAAGUACCUCUCAGGGUGAGAGCCAUUGGGGUUGAUUUUCUUCGCAGCAAUUGAAGACACGUUUUGAAAGUAACUCUUAAGAGUCCUUAAAUAACAGAAGUUAAUGUCUAUACAGACUUAAACUGGAAGAGGUAAAAUUAAAACAUGUACUGUAUUUUCAACUGAAGGUACAUCAUUUUCUCUUUCUUAGAAGUUCAUUCCUGUUGAACGAUUUGUUUUUGAGGUUGGUAAUCCAGAAGGAGUCUGCACAACAGAAAGGUCAGUGUAACCUUGGUUAAUGUAACUGACCAACUAUGUUAUGUACACUUAUUCUUGGUACAUUAUACUCUAAUUAAAAAUAAUCUUUGGAAGGCAAAUGUAAGUGUGGCAGUUAUUUUGCACGAUAACUAAUUUUGUAAAAGUUAUAAAUUGGUGGUUCAUUUUCCUUUUCAGCCCGGACAAUUUCUUACUCUCCACGGAGAGAGCUCUCAGAGGUUUUCUUCUCAAGAUCAAUUCAUGUGAUGCACUGUUAGAGCCAAUCCCGAAAGGUACAUACAAGUGAGGUAGUUAAUUUUUGUGAUGUUCUUUUAAGGUAAGGAGUUAAUUGUUGGUUUUGAGUUUAGUAUCCUAACUGCAACACAUUAAGGCUUAAGAUAACUUAAACUCUCCUUUAACUCCGUUGAGUGACCAAGACAGAAUUUCACUUUGCAACAUCAAUACAAAAUCAAGCAGACAACUGAUGAGAAUUUUAAAAAAAUCAUAAUUAAGGGAUUUUUAAUUGAUGCAAUAGCAAAUUCUCCAAGCUGAAAUCACAAGGAUCGUAUGGUAGACAGUAAGGAGAAUUACUUAUGAAAUCUUGGGAGUUAAACAGUUAAGGUUCGUAAGUUAAGUUUAAGAAUUGUCUUUUGCAGGAUGUACAUUUUCCAUUCUUGUAUACACCAAAGAAUCGUCUUUCUUAAAACUGCAGGAGGGUCUCAAUCUUCAGGUUUGUCAGGACCAGAGAAAAGUACAUUUAAUAAAUAGAUUGCAUGUUGCUGUGAGCCAGUUCAGUAAUAGAUCACAGAUAUCGUCAGAUAUGCGUGCGUAAUGCAGCUUAUUAUAUGAUGUAUUGCCUUCCGUUGACCCAGGGGGUGUCACUUAUUUUUUUCCAUAAACACACAUGAUUGGUAUUAGAAGAUGCAUCCUUCCUUUAACCAUUUAGAGUGUAAUUAUCUAAAAACUAUCGGCAUUUGGGGAUACUGACCGUGAUUGGUUCGAGGCCUUCCGUCUGAUUUCCCUCUUCCGUCGAACCCAAACCAUUUCGUUUACGGGUUAUUAAAGAAAUAAAAGGAAACAAUACUCGAAAGAUGCUUGUCUCAGUUAAAAGCAAAGACUAUGACGGCUAAAUUUACUUUGUUAUGGAUGUAGGAGUUUCCUUGGGUUGAGGCAGAUGAACGAACGAAAAUGAAGGAAUCUGUCAUUAUACCUCUUAAAUCAACUUCCACUGGAAUCCUAAAGGUAAGCGAUGUUUUACAGAAUAGCGGAAUAUUAGGGUGCCAAAAUGCGUACGUAUUUUUUAAAUUUGUGGUCUUAAUUACACAAAUUUUCCAAGGGAAAUGAUUGUUGUAUCAUGGUAUAUUACUGAGUGCUCGUUUUUGUAGCCGUUUCAAGUUAGUGAUCACUCAAAGGGUCCCCAUGUUUGAUGCUAAAGGACACUUCUCUCCGUGCCUUUUCCCUGCCUUAACAAUCCACAAUGGCGCUGAAAGAAUUUGUGGCAAAAAAAAAUAGUGAUAACGAGGGCACCAAAAGUACACGUGCACCGCCAGUUAUGUAUGGCAUCGUUUUGGAGACAAUCAUCUUACAACCAGGAGUUGAACAGUGUUUACAAUUAGAUCAAGUAUGUUAAUACAGAGGCACAUAUUUACAGAGACAGGAAUAUAAAUUGUUGGUUAGUUAUUUGGCUCCUUAUAGGCGUUCUAAUGGAAAAAGGCCUCGGGAAGUCUUGAUGUGUGUUUAUAGAUGGGCAUCGUUUUGAAAACAUGUUUCUAUUUCCAAAGAUGCAGCUUUUUGUCGAGGAAUGUGCUGAGAGGACCAGGAAUGGUAGAGACAAGGUUGAAGACGUUUGAUGUGAUUGCAUUCUUCCCGUCAAAGAGAUCGCGCCUUCCACGGACUUAAAAAAGAAAAAAAAAAUAGCAAUCUUAGCGUUUGCAUGCCACGCCUUGAAUACACUCUAAAUGGCUAAAAAUAAAUGGAAAAGUAGUAGAUGGUAACUUCUCUGCUGGCAUCAUCCAUGUGAGCCGACGAUGAAGGAAUAUAUUUUUGAAGAAACUAAGUGUUUACCACAUGGCAGGUGGAAAAUCAGUCGAGAUCAAUUUAUGGCGCAUCUACACAUCCCAUUUUCCCGCCCUCUGAUAGGCUAAAAAUACAAAAUUGACAGCGUGCUUAGUAGGCUUACAAAUUCAGCAGUGCUACUACAAAUUCACUAACCUAAAGCGGAACAGCGAAACAACAGGGCACAGCGUCGUGCUUUUUACAGUAG